GUCUUCCAGAAUGGGCAAUAAGUAAAGAAAUUAAUGAAGAAGAAACUGAAGAAAAUGAAGAGAAUAAAAAUGAGGAUAAGGGCAAAGAAGAAAAAAACAAAGAGAACAAAGAGAAUGAAGAGGAUGAAGAGGAUAAAGGGGAUGAGAAAAAGAGGAAAAAAUAA